CACCGCUUCAUACAUACACUGUUGUUAGCGACGUAGCCUCUACGGCCAAUCUCAUUUAUGACAUUUCCAUUUGCGAGCACUUCUCCAAACUUCACUUUCUGUCACCGGCGGCUGGAUGCUCGAGUAGCGGUGCGCUAGUCGGGAUCCGUUACACCGGUGUGUCAAGUUGUUGCUGGUGGCAGUCGCUGGAGCCCCUUUGAGUAUGUGUAUACAAUGAAGAGGCGUGCGGAGGACCAGGAACCAAUAUUUGCGCCCCAGCAACAGCAGCCACGUCGACCCCCAGUGCAAGGUAUUGCAGAAGGCUUCCAGCACCGGGCCCUUGCCCCGGCCCCUACCGUGAUAGAGGCAGCUGCAGACACCAUGCAGCCAUCAACCGGCAUCCAAUAUUCCCUCCCCCAGGGCUACCAGGUGCCUACAAUGCCUCAGAGCACAAGUGGACAUGGACAUGGACAUGGACACAACAGUACUGCACCUGCACCUCAUGUUGGUCCCCAUGCACACAGUCUAGCAGUUCAGCCACAGGGACCUGCAGUGGUCCAGGGUCACGUUCACCCACCUGCACCCAUGACUUCAACCCAAGGACAGCAGCAGUUUCAGCGACUGAAGGUUGAAGAUGCAUUGUCUUAUCUGGAUCAAGUGAAGCUGCAGUUUGGGAAUCAGCCACAAGUUUAUAAUGACUUUCUUGAUAUUAUGAAAGAGUUCAAGUCACAGAGCAUAGACACUCCUGGAGUCAUCAACCGUGUGUCCCAACUCUUCAAGGGCCACCCAGACCUCAUUAUGGGCUUUAACACUUUCUUGCCACCUGGUUAUAAGAUUGAGGUUCAAACCAACGAUCUAGUCAAUGUGACCACGCCGGGUCAGAUCCACUACAUCACCCCGCAUGGUAUUUCUGUUCAGAACAUCCCUGUAACUGGAGCACCCAGCCAACCUGCGAGCCACCACCAGCACCAGAGUCUGCCGCAGGCUGGCACUCACACGACCACCACCACCCCGCCCAUCCCUGCCCAGCCCGCUCCAAAUAAAACCAGCAAGCCAGUUCAGUCUCCGGCCCACACACCUACCAGCCAGCCCAAUCCAUCCAUCCCAUCUUACGCCUCUCCACGCUCCCCUUCAGUUCAGUCGCACACUCCUGUCAGCAGCACGCCAUCCAGCGGGCCGCCACUCCAGAACAACCAACCAGUGGAGUUCAACCACGCUAUAAAUUAUGUCAACAAGAUCAAGAACCGCUUCCAGGGUCAGCCAGACAUCUACAAAGCCUUCCUGGAAAUCCUGCACACGUACCAGAAGGAACAGCGGAAUGCUAAAGAGGCAGGAGGUAACUACACUCCAGCACUGACGGAGCAGGAGGUCUACACUCAAGUGGCAAGACUUUUCAAGAACCAAGAGGACCUGCUGUCAGAGUUUGGACAGUUCCUGCCUGAUGCCAACAGCUCAGUGCUGCUGAGCAAGGCAGCACCAGACAGGGCAGAGUCGGUUCGUAAUGAUCAUGGCGGCACAGUAAAGAGGCCCUUACUGAACAACAAACAGAGGCUGAGCCAGAACGGCCUGCCCAUCAGGAGACCUGCUGGAGUGGGCGCCACACCGCCUCUCAAGAAGAAGCCCAAAAUACUGGGGAAGGACCAUGGCAUGAGUGAAGUCAGCAAACAUAGCACCAGCACUGAAACGAUGUUCUUUGAGAAGGUGAAGAAGGCCCUUCGGAGCUCUGAGGCGUACGACAACUUCCUGCGGUGUCUGCACAUCUUUAACCAGGAAGUCAUUUCCCGCACUGAGCUGGUCCAGUUAGUUAUCCCAUUUCUCGGAAAAUUCCCAGAGCUUUUUACAUGGUUUAAGAACUUCUUGGGCUACCGAGAGUCGAGUCAUGGGGAGUCGAGCCAUGCGGAGAGUUUACCCAAGGAGCGUGCAACAGAGGGCAUCGCCAUGGAGAUCGACUACGCUUCCUGCAAGAGGCUGGGUUCCAGCUACAGAGCACUGCCGAAGAGCUACCAGCAGCCCAAGUGCACAGGAAGGACGCCGCUGUGCAGAGAGGUUUUGAAUGACACAUGGGUGUCGUUUCCAUCGUGGUCUGAAGAUUCCACAUUUGUGAGCUCCAAGAAGACUCAAUAUGAGGAGCACAUUUACAGAUGCGAGGAUGAGCGCUUUGAGCUGGAUGUUGUGUUGGAAACCAACCUGGCCACAAUACGAGCCCUGGAGACGGUGCAGCGGAGGCUUUCUCGCAUGUCAGCUGAGGAGCAGCUGCGCUUCAAGCUGGACAACACAAUGGGAGGCUCGUCAGAGGUCAUUCACCGCAAAGCUAUCCAGAGGAUAUACGGGGACAAAGCCCACGAUAUCAUUGACGGCCUCAAGAGGAAUCCUGCUGUAUCUGUCCCCAUAGUGCUGAAAAGAUUAAAAAUGAAGGAGGAGGAGUGGAGAGAAGCCCAGAGAGGCUUCAACAAAAUCUGGCGGGAGCAGAAUGAAAAGUAUUACCUGAAGUCACUCGACCAUCAAGGCAUCAACUUCAAGCAGAAUGACACCAAAGUGUUGCGUUCAAAGACCUUGCUCAAUGAAAUUGAGAUGCUAUACGAUGACCGCCAGGAGCGAGCAUCAGAGGAAACCUCUACGCUGCCACUGAGCGGCCCACACAUGACCCUGACCUACGACGACAGCCAGAUCCUGGAGGAUGCUGCUGCCCUCAUCAUCCACCACGUCAAAAGACAGGUGGGCAUCCAGAAAGAAGACAAGUGCAAGAUCAAACAGAUAAUCCACCACUUCAUCCCUGACCUGCUGUUUGCCCGGCGAGGUGAGCUCUCUGACGUGGAGGAGGAGGAAGAAGAGGAGGAGGAGGAAGACAUGGAAGCAGAUCAAGACGGCCCCAAGAAGCACAACGGUCUGCCGGGCAGCAGCCCAUCAAAGUCCAAACUGCUGUUCAGCAACACGGCCGCUCAGAAGCUGCGUGGCACAGACGAGGCCUAUAACUUGUUCUUUGUGAACAACUACUGGUAUAUCUUCCUUCGUCUGCACCACAUCCUUUGUUCUCGUUUGCUGCGGAUCUACGGGCAGGCUGAGAAGCAGAUUGAGGAGGAUGCUCGAGAGCGAGAGUGGGAAAGAGAAGUGUUGGGCCUCAAAAGGGAGAAAAAUGAAAAUCCAGCAAUCCAACUGAAGAUGAAAGAGCCAAUGGACGUGGACGUGGAGGACUAUUACUCAGUGUUUCUGGAAAUGGUGCGUAAUCUUCUGGAUGGAAACAUGGAGCCGGCUCAGUACGAGGACUCCCUGAGGGAAAUGUUUACUAUCCAUGCCUACGUUGCCUUCACCAUGGACAAACUCAUCCAGAGCAUUGUCCGGCAGCUCCAGCACCUCGUCACCGAUGAUGUUUGUGCGCGUGUAACCGACAUGUACCUGAGCGAAAGUGCCAACAAAGCCACGGGAGGCACUUUGUCCACGCAGACGUCCAGGACCACAGCAGAGGGCGUCUACCAGCGCAAGGCAGAGCAGCUUAUGUCCGAUGAGAACUGCUUCAAGUUGAUGUUCGUGAAGAGCCGAGGUUCUGUCAGUCUGGCAAUGGAGCUGCUCGACACAGAAGAGGAGAACUCUGAUGAGCCGGCAGAGGCAGAAAGGUGGUCAGACUACGUGGGCAGGUACCUGAACUCAGAUUCUACAUCCUCAGAGCUGCGUGAGCAUCUGGCCCAGAAGCCGGUGUUCCUCCCCAGGAAUUUGAGACGGAUACGAAAGUGCCAGAGAGGAUGGGAGCAGCUGCAGCAGGAGAGAAUGACCAAGGGCUCCUCGGACAAGCUGCAGGACGGCAAAAGUGAGCUGAAGAUGGAGUGCAUGUUCAAGCUGAACUCCUACAAGAUGGUUUAUGUCUGCAAGUCAGAGGACUACAUGUACAGACACACAGCACUGACACGGGCACAUCAGUCCCACCAGCGGGUGAACACUCGCCUCCACAGACGCUUCCAGGCCUGGUUGGACUCCUGGGCCAAGGAGCACGUGACCAGUGACAUGGCCAUCGACAGCAACAAGUGGCUGAUGGGAGAUCGACAGGAAGGCCUGCUGCCCUGCACCACCACCUGCAGCCCCGAGGUCCUCCACUAUCUCAACAUUAACAAGUACCGGGUGAAGUACAGAACACUGUAGUACACGUCUCUCCAUAAACUGUGGCAGUUUUCACACGACAAACCGCCCAGGAUGAAUUCUCCGACCUGCCGUUACUGGAUUCAGUUGCCAAAAGUUUUUAUUUGGGGUUGUCGAUCCGUACUUCAAAUGGGAUGUACAUAUUUCACUUUUUGCACAUCUUUCAAGCUGACACAGCAACAGAUGUGAAGUAGGAGAUUUGUUGCUGUCCUUAUAUUGGAGAAAAAACCCCACCUGCCUGAAUAAUUCCAAUAUAUAAUUAAAUGCAGAUUUUUACAUGAGAUUAUUACAGAGAGAAAACGCCCCUUAAUGCAUCUUGUUUUUUGGUGCAGUUUAAGCACCUAAAACAACAAAGCAACCUUAACAGAGGAAAGUGUUGACACCUCAUCAUUUCAUAGAAAACAAAACAACCUCAGCGUUUCUCUUUUAGGUAGCAAGAACAAAGACCCGUUACCUCCGUUAACAUGUGUGUACUGCGACUUGGGGUUCAGUCUGGCUUCCAGCUGUAAACUUGUAUAGCCUGUGAAUGUUUUCCCUUUCGGUGGUAAAGGUGCAAUAGUGCACUCUAUAUAUAUUCAACAUCUCUGACGACUGCUGGGUAGAUGCUCGGCGUUGUGUAUCGAGUACAAUAAUUUAUGAUUGCCCAAAACACUUUGUGUAAAUACGUUGUUUAUAUCUAGAUUUUUUUUUCUUUUUUUUUUUUAUCAGACGUCAUUGAUGUGUAGCGUCCGUUAACACACAUAGUAUCGUUCUUUAGCUAGAGGUUGCAGAGAAUUUUAUUAAGAAAAUGCAAAGUUUUAACAGUUUUUUACCAAAGGAUGUUAAAAUCAGAGUUUUUUCUUUUUGUUUUGUUUGUGAUCUGUUGAACGUGUUGUUGCUCUGUUAAUAGAAAAGUUCUCAUUUUCUACGUGAUUGGAUCCCUUUUGUGCAUUUCUACCUUCAGGCAUCAGUAUCUCUCUCAUGGUUUUGAGAUGAUUGAAUGUAGCUGAGCAGCAAUUUCUCCUUUUUGAAAGUAAAGUAUACUGUAUGUCUAUUUUUCAAAGUACUGAAGUCUUAACAGUGCUGUCGACUUUUUUCUCGUAUUUAAACUUUGCAAAAUGGUUAGAACCUGCGCCACAGGUUCAGCGGUAUCUCAGUGUAUCACCUAAGAAGUCUGUACACGAGUUCGUUUUCUAUAGGCAGUGUUGACGACAAACACUGAACAGUCGGUCUGAGCGUGAAUGUCAGCCGUGUGUACAGUUUAAGGAUCAAGAGAACAAGCAAUAAUUCCUGCAGUCGCUGUUUAUCAAAGCUAUCGGUUUGUAUUUCUCGCUGAAAUACAAAUGUGAAUGUUGUACGCCCUUAAAAGAGGGAUGUAAACUUGGGAUUUUUUUUUUAUAUUGCCUUUUCUUCUCUGCAGUUUACUAAAAUUGGAAUUGGCCCUGUAGACGUAAGUGAGGUCGGAUGGGAGAUGGUCAUCCGUCACGUUAAAUGCUGUUAAAAGUUUCACAUUAGAAACAUACAUUUGAGAAAACAGGUUUUGUCAACUUCAAAACAUUCAUUUUGUUAGUUCUUAAUAAUCUUGACGUAUGGUUCAUAACACGGGCAGGGUGGACAUAUGACAACACACCGCAAAAGAACGCUGCCUGACUAAAUGUCGUCCUUUCUCGAGCUCCACUCAAGGCAGUGAUCAGUAACAUAACCAGCCGCAGACAAUCUUGGAACAGUUUAUUACUUGUGUUUUUAUUUUUAUAUUUACCGUGUUUAAUAUGGAAAUACCACAGGAAGUCCCGGGAGAGCUGAUUGUACAUAAAGACAUUGUUUGUACCUCGUUUAAUGUGUCUCUUCUCUUGACUUUUACGAUGUUGUACAUGAGUGUUAGUAUGGUGUUUGGCAUUAAACUAUCCUUUGAGUAGACAGAAA